AUGCUCACCACUACAACCUUCUGCAGUCUUGUGGUUGUUGUCAACAAUGCUUUUGAUCCACCUCAAAUCACACAAGCACCGAGGAAUCAAAAAGUCGCUGAAGACUCUAUCAUCAGUUUCUUCUGCAAAGCCUCUGGAAAUCCGCAACCUCGCUUUACGUGGGAGCGAGAUGGCAAACGGAUUAAUCCAAAGCGGACACGUUACUUUAUUUAUGAUAUGCCACAUGGAAGUGUUCUAAGAAUAGAGCCUGUAAAAGCUAGGAGAGACCAAGCAACAUUCUCAUGCAUUGCGGACAAUGGUAUCGGAGUACCAGCUCGAGCCAACUCUACGCUGAAGGUCUAUGCAAUGAACCGGGACAAGGGUAUAAACCCAGCAUGGAAAAAAAUAUACAAAGGAAUUCCAAAUGGCUACCCCAGUAUAACAGUUAACCCAGAGCUAAAGGCUGUGGAAAAGGAUCGACAGAAAUGA